AUGUCCAACGACAAAAACGACAGCGCACCCAACGACAUGGGCCGCAACCGUCGUGGUUCGGUCACUUCGGCUGCAUUCUCGAACCUCUUCCAGCGGAGCAAUUCUACCUCGACAGGAUCGAACAAUGGGCCUGGCUCGUUGACUGCGCAGGCUAGAGACCAGCGCAGACGUCUAUCGGUCACUACCUUGGGUCUAUCGGGAACAGGCCCUGCGUCGGCCUCGACACCAUUCGGAAGCUUACGACGUGGUAGCAUAUCUACAAACACGUCCGACUCCAUUGACGAGAAUGCUGUAGAUGAUGACGACUCGUUGCGAACCGCACCCACUACUCCCUUUGUACGUCGCAUGAGCUUCGGCGCCCAAGCCAUGCGUUCUAUGCGUCAACCCGGCGGGGGAACAAGCCCCGGGUCAGCUGGUAGGCCCGACCAACCUCGACGUUCAUCUGGCAGCAAUGGCCGCAACCCUCCUCUCGCUUCAUUUGCUGCUCGGAGAACGAGCAACUCUCAGGCAAGCACAGCACUUCCCGCAAGAACCCCAUCUGACUUGCUCUCUUCUGCCGCUCGCCCAGACCAAGGGUUCAACUGGUCCGAGCAGCUUAGAUCCCGUGCCGAAAGCAGCGUUUCGGGCAUGCGCCCAUCCUUCGCGCCUGGCAUUGCUAGUUCUCCCCCGCGAGCCGGCAACGGUCAACAUGACCGCGCCAAGUCGGUCUCCGACAUGCCUGCUCCACCCCAGCAGGCGGCUGCUCUGAAGCCCAAGCAACCAGAGCGACCCAAGCCCGAUCAUAUGCAGGAACGAAUCCUCAAGGGCGAUUUCUACAUGGACUGA